CUCCACCGAGGCGAGCAGAGCUUUAUGCACACUUCAUUCGCCCAUUGGUUGUCACAUUUUACAGAGCUCAUGACAAAAAAAAGUGAACUGCAUUUCCCGUGGUCCUCCGGCGCGGCUAUCCCAAACAGCACCGGGUAAUAUUUAGUCAGAUGAUGGAAGCAAGCAGAGCUGUGAACUUCUUCAAAAGAUAACCCUAAUUCCCAGCUGUCCUCAGCGUGUGCCUUUCUCUUCAUCACCGUCAUGGAGAUACAAUAUCCACAGUCCAACGUAGUGUUUCGAAAUGUGGGUCAGCUCUACUUUCCUCAAACCAGAAUAGAGUGUCACUACAGCGUGACUUCUCAACAUAUGUGGAGCAGCAGUGACUGGAUUGGAAUCUUUAAGGUCGGCUGGUCAUCACUGAGAGAGUACCACACAUACGCAUGGUCGCUUGUACCUGAAGGGUACAAUGAAGGAAGUACUGUUGACUGCUGUGCACUUUUUCAAGCCUUCUACCUGCCUCGCCCAAGCGCCGUUGAGUACUGCUUUGUCUACGUGGACAAGAUGGGGAAAGUUUGCGCCCAAAGCCGCCCCUUCACCUUCUGUGCUCCCAGACCUUUGGAUGAACUGGAGACUCUGAUGGAGGAGCGCAAUGAAGAAGAUGAUGGUGAGGAGGAGGAAGAGCUGCUCUUGGUGGUCCCUAGAGCGCAAUUGCUGCAGCGUAAGCUGGAGGAGUGCAUGAGGGAGAAGGCUGAGUUGAUGCAGGCUGUAGAUGAAGCCAAACAGGAAAUAGAGGAGGAGAGGAGGAGCAACUCAAAUGCAAAGGAGGACUGGAAGAGCCAAAGGGAUGAAUUGAAGGAGGAGAUUGAAAAUCUCCGUCAAACCCUAACAUACAAAUGUGAUGCCUUAAAAAUGGCAGAAGGAAAACACAAGGAUGUGGAAUGCAGUCAGGAAAAUCUCAACUCUGAACUGACUCAACUAACAUCUGAAAAAGUGCAAAGUCAACAACAAAUCAAAGACUUGCUGGAGGAAAUCAAGGUGCUAACUGAUAGAGAGAAGGAGAGAAAUGUGGAGUUGGAAAGGCUAAGGGAGAUACUGAUGAAAUUAUCCAGCCAGAUCAAACAUGAUGAAGAAAAGAGGAAGUUGCUUCAGGCGGAGCAUGAGGCCACACUGGUGGAGCGCCACGGCCUUCAGAGUCGCCUGGAGGCGAGCGAGCGCUCAGCCGAGGGACUUCGCACGGAGCUAAGGGAGCUGGGUACCCGUCAGGGCCAUGCGUACGCUGAGCUGCACCAAAGCCGCCUGCAGGUGGCCCAGUUGGGCCUGCAGCUCUCUGAGGAGAAGCUUCUACUCAUGGAAGAGCGCGCCAACUGGGCCUUGGAGAGAGAAGCUUUCAGGAACGCGGCACAGGCUGACAAACAGAAAAUGGAGGAGUUGAGGAGUGAGAUGCGAAGAAAGGAAGAGCGACUGCGAGGGGAAACUACCGAAUUGGAGAAGCUGCAAGCAGAGGUGAAAAGAGAGAAUGACAGAAAUCAGAUGGGUCAGCAGGGUGACACGAAACAGCUGAUGCUACCAGCACUUGUUGAGCCAGUCCUCAGUGAAUUGACGGGCUCCAUCAUGUGGUGACACAAGGAGUUGAAAGUGUAGGUUGAGACCGAGCUGUUUGUGUUGAAUUAUUGUUUGUUCGAGUGACUUGCGUAUAGUGUUUCCCAACCAUUAUUAAGCCAAGAUAAUUCAUUACGAAGUAAAGUUUUACAUUAAAACAAUUUCAUGUGGAAUAAACCCCCAAAUAAUGUCACAAAACGUAUUGGUGUAUUGAAAUUAUGAUAGUAAUUGUUACAGUAUGUCUUAAAUAUGGGUUGUGUGUGUGUUGAAAGGAAAAUUGUUUUUUUUUUUAGGUUUUAAUGAUGAAACAAAUGUGAAACUAAACAAAAUAUAAUCAUUCAACCUUGAAUAUGAUACUAAUACAGAUAUAAACAAGUUCUAUACAACUUCAAGUAACUAAUUCCACAUCAUACGAGGACACUAUAUUGCAAAAAAAUUAGCAAGGCCAACAGGCACAUAAUGCUGAACAGAAAUGCAGAAACUACCAUUGAGCACAUGUGUAAGUUUCAUUAUGACACAUCAAAAUAUUAGUGUAUUAUAGAUAUCUCCAUUUCAGUUGCUGGUAUCUGCAAUUCUCUAGUGGAUCCUUGCAACUAAGUGGGCUGGAGAUAUCUUGAAUGAAAUUAUGACUAUUCAGAAGGAUGUUGUAAACUUUGACAUUAUUAGUUCCAUGUUACUAAUUCAGUUUUUACGUGUGGAAUCUGCAUCAGCUGAUAAGACAUCUGAUUGUUGUGAUUCUCCAAUUGUCCAGUAGAUGACGGCAAAAUACUUCAUACUUCUUCAGAUGGAAUUAUAAUUUGUGUAAACUGUUUGGACACACAUAAAUAAUAUCAUCUGCCCUCUCGUCAGAGGUGGGUAGUAACGCAUUGCAUGUAUUCAGUUAUAUUUACUUGAGUAACUUUUUGAGAAAAAUGUACUUCUAAGAGUAGUUUUACUAAGCCAUAAUUUUUACUAUUACUUGAGUAGAUUUGUGAAGAAAAAAAAAAAAAAACGCUACUCUUACUCCGCUACUUUGGGCUACAAAAGAUAAGUUACAUUUUUCUCUUUCUUCUACAUAUUGGAUUUAUUAUUUUUUUGCUAGCGAUUAGGGUUGGGCACCGAACAUCGAGCAUCGAUGGGACCCAGUUCUAACGCGCCGGUGUUCUGCCAAAAUCUCCUACAUCGGCGAAACGUGGUCGAAUUUGACACCCAAAGUACUACCGUGCACUCUAAACUUGCUUUGUUUAGAUGCAUACAGGAAUAACGUACAAAAAAAAUGCCUGCAGAAAAUACUUAAAUGUAGUUAGAUCAAAUAAGGACGGUUUAAAUACGCUACGUGACUAAUGUGGUCAACUGCUUCAAAGCCUAACACAAAAAAAACAAAUGGUUAAAAGUAUGAGAGGGUAAUACAUGCAAAAAGUAUCUUUGAGGCAGUGAAAAGGUUCUAAAUGACUAAAUAAAAACAAAAAUAGUGAGUACACGCUGCUUCUAACCGAUGUGCGCAUGCGUGUGGAUGCUUGCGCAAGCGCGCUGAGCAUUGUGUAGGACGUUUCGCUGCGUAGUAAGGAAUUGCCGAACACCGGUUCUCCCGGAACCGUUCAAAUUUUAAAGUUUCGAAUACAUGUUUCGAGCCAUAAUUUUUACUUUUACUUGAGUAGAUUUGUAAAGAAAAAACACUACUCUUAGUCCACUACUUUGACCCACAAAAGAGUCGUUACAUUUUUCUCUUUCUUCUACAUAUUGGAUUUAUAAUUAUUUUUGCUAGCGAUUAGGGUUGGGCACCGAACAUCGAGCAUCGAUGGCACCCGGUUCUAACACUCCGGUUCUCCCGGAACCGUUCGAAUUUUAAAAUUUCGAUUCCAUGUUUCGAUGCCCUGACUGCUGAGCGGAAAAAAAUUGCUGCCGAAAACCACGAAGAAGAAGCCACAAGAAGCGCAUGUUGUGCAUUGCGACUUGAUUACAACCAUGGACACGGUGAGGCGGCGCUCAAAAGUUUGGCUUAACUUUACAAAAAAAAAAAGACCAGUCAGCUCAGUGCAACAUUUGCAACACAACUAUAUCAUGUAAAUGUGGCUGCAAGACCAAUUGUCGUAUUAUUACGUCGGGCUAUGGUCGAUAUCAUGUAUAUAGAACUAGAUGCGAAUUGACUGACUUGGCGGCGAUAAAUCAUGUAAAGAGAACUACAUGCGAAAUGACAGACUCGCUGGCGUUAGUAAACAGCCGCCAUUUUAAAGCAGUAUGUGCCUCCAUUAAAAUCAACAAUGUUGAAAGGAUUUUUGUUUUAGAAUCUGUUGUGUUGCUUAUUUAGAAAGAUGCAGCCAUAUGAAGCAUUCGAUUACUUUUUUAAUGAACUUGUAGUAGUGAAAACAUAUUUCAUAACACAUUUUUGCCAGACGCUCUCAUCUCGUCUUCUCCGCAUUAUACGUACGCUCCUACAGCAGCACAGACUGGCCUAACUGGUAUUGUCACAACAUAAACAUUGCAUGUGUCUCUAAACACAACAGAAUCGUUUUUUUUUUGUUUUUUUUUUACAAAUAAGUAAA